GAGAGAGGGAGCAAAUUAGAAGAAGCAAAUAGCGUAGAGACCUUCUCAGGCUGUGUGUUAUGGCUCCUUCCUUUGUGUUUCCCCAAAGCCUGAGAGCCUUAGAAGAAGAACACGAAGACAAUCGCCUCUACGCUCGGAACCCGCUCGACAUCGCUUCUCUUCGUCCCUCUCAACUCGAAGAGUUCGUCAAAGGCAUAUCCUUUGAUCUCUCCGAUAAGGAGCUAUUUUGUAUUGAAGAGCAAGAUGUGUUUGAUCGUGUGUACUCAUUGAUUCGGGGUUACAAUAAUCUACCCCCAUCUUGUAAGGUUAAUCUUCUAGACAGUCUUCGGUCCAAUCUCAGUGUUCUCCUCCCAAAUGUUGAUUCACUAUCACGGGUUUCUCAAGGUCAGGAUGAUGUCACUCCAGUGCUGGAUCGGGUUGCAUCACAUCGUAAUGCUUUUAAAAUCUACACAUUCUUCCUCCUUACUGUUGUUCUCACAGAGGAGUCCAACAUCACUUCCAACAACAAUGUGAAGGUCACAGCAAGUACCAGGAAGAAGCAUCCUAAGAACACAUGGAAUUGGGAGCCACAAAGAGGCCGCAUACUUAAUUUGAUUGCUAAUUCAUUAGAGAUCAAGCUUGCCUUGCUCUUUGGUUCAUCAGGCUUGGAAGAAAAUUUUAUUUCGUUCAUUGCCAAAAAUGCAUUUUCUCUGUUUGAGAAUGCUGCACUUUUGAAAGACACCGACACAAAAGAUGCUUUGUGUCGUAUAAUUGGGACUUGUGCCACAAAAUACCAGUACAUGGCACAAUCAUGUGCAUCGAUCAUGCAUCUAGUUCACAAAUAUGAUUUUGUUGUUACCCACAUUGCUGAUGCGGUUGCUGGGGCAGAGAAGAAGUAUGCAGAUGGAAGUCUAGCCAGUUCUCUUAUCAGAGAAAUAGGGAGGACGAAUCCAAAAGACUACAUCAAGGAUACUGUUGGGGCUGAAAAUGUUGGUCGGUUUUUGGUGGAACUUUCUGAUCGGCUACCUAAACUGGUGUCUACCAACAUUGGCCUCAUUGUCCCACAUUUUGGUGGGGAAUCUUAUAAGAUAAGGAAUGCUCUUGUUGGGGUCUUGGGAAAGCUUGUUGCAAAGGCUUUUCAGGAUGUUGAAGGUGAAGUGAGUUCUAAAUCUGUUCGUCUUCGAACCAAGCAUGCCAUGUUGGAAAUUUUGCUUGAGCGGUGUCGAGAUGUUUCAGCUUAUACAAGGAGUCGGGUUCUUCAGGUUUGGACUGAACUAUGUGAAGAGCAUUCUGUUUCAAUUGGCUUGUGGAAUGAGCUUGCAGAAGUUGCUUCUGGGAGGUUGGAGGAUAAGAGUGCAAUGGUUAGAAAAUCUGCACUAAAUUUGCUUAUUAUGAUGUUACAGCAUAACCCAUUUGGUCCACAACUUCGAAUAGCUUCGUUUGAAGCAACCUUACAACAGUACAAGAACAAGCUGAAAGAGCUUGAACCAGAUAUAUCUUCAGAAAGUGAAAAGAACAGGUUACCAUCUGAUGAUUGUACUACUGGAGAUAGCGAGGUUGAUGAUGCAGAUGCAGAUGUGACUAAGGAGCAGCAGGACAGUUUGCCUGAUAGUUGCUUGCCUGAUAUGGAACAAAAUAUAGUGCAGAAAGAUGGCUCUGUGCCAGAUGUAGGGAACUUAGAGCAGACUAGGGCCUUGGUAGCAUCACUUGAGGCUGGAUUAAGGUUUUCAAAGUGUAUAUCUGCCACAAUACCAACACUUGUUCAAUUGAUGGCAUCGUCUUCUGCGACUGAUGUUGAGAACACAAUACAUUUGCUAAUGAGGUGCAAGCAGUUUCAAAUUGAUGCCUCAGAAGCAUGUCUCCGUAAGAUGCUGCCACUGGUAUUUUCUCAGGACAAAUCCAUCUAUGAAGCUGUGGAAAAUGCUUUCAUUACAAUUUAUAUAAAGAAAAGCCCAGUAGAAACAGCCAAGAAUCUUAUGAAUCUUGCCACAGAAUCAAAUAUUGGAGACCUAGCUGCUCUUGAGUUUAUAGUUGGUGCCUUGGUGUCUAAAGGUGAUAUAUCCACUGGUGCGAUAUCAGCAUUGUGGGAUUUCUUUUGCUUCAACGUAAGUGGAACUACUGCCGAGCAAAGUCGUGGUGCGUUGUCUGUCCUUUGCAUGGCAGCAAAAUCAUCCAGUAUAGUUCUUGGCUCUCAUUUACAGGACAUUAUUGAUAUUGGGUUUGGUCGUUGGGCUAAGAUGGAACCUUUACUUGCUAGGACAGCAUGCAUUGCUCUCCAGAGAUUGUCUGAAGAAGAUAGGAAAAAGUUGUUGUCUAGUAAUGGAAGCCGGGUUUUUAGUAUUUUAGAGAGCUUAGUUACUGGGUUUUGGCUUCCAGAAAACAUAUGGUAUGCUGCUGCUGACAAAGCCAUAGCUGCUAUAUAUGCAAUUCAUCCAACUCCGGAAACUUUAGCUUCCAAUCUAGUGAAGAAAUCCCUAAGUUCUGUAUUUGAAUGUAGUGGAGGUGAGGAGUUGCAGAGUGAAAUCACCAGUGGUAGUGCUGGCAUACUUACCACAGUUCAGGUUGCAAAACUUAGUAGAUAUCUCUUUGUCAUAAGUCAUAUUGCCAUGAACCAUCUGGUAUACAUUGAAUCAUGCCUUCGGAAAGUUCAGAAACAGAAAAUUCGGAAAGAGAAGACAGAUACUGAUCAGCACGGUAACGGUACCCCUAAGGAAAAUGGUAUCAAUGCUGAGCUUGGACUUGCUGCUUCUGAAGAUGCACUACUUGACACACUCUCUGAAAAAGCAGAAAAGGAAAUAGUUUGUGGGGGUUCCACUGACAAGAAUUUGAUUGGACAUUGUUCACAAUUCUUGUCAAAACUUUGUAGAAAUUUUAGUUUAAUGCAAAAGUACCCAGAACUACAAGUGUCUGCAAUGCUUGCUUUAUGUCGGUUUAUGAUUAUUGAUGCAAAUUUCUGUGAUGCAAAUCUUCAGCUUCUCUUCACAGUCGUGGAGAGUGCGCCAUCAGAAAUUGUUCGUUCUAAUUGCACUAUUUGUCUUGGAGACUUGGCUGUUCGGUUCCCUAAUCUGUUAGAACCAUGGACAGAGAAUAUGUAUUCCAGGCUACAAGACCCUUCAGCUUCUGUUAGGAAGAAUGCUGUUUUGGUGCUUUCACACCUUAUACUAAAUGACAUGAUGAAGGUUAAAGGCUACAUAAAUGAAAUGGCUGUACGAUUAGAAGAUGAAGAUGAGAGGAUUUCAAACCUGGCAAAACUGUUUUUUAAUGAGUUAUCUAAGAAAGGUAGCAAUCCUAUAUAUAAUCUGCUUCCAGAUAUACUUGGAAAGUUAUCCAACCAGAAUCUGAAGAGAGAGUCUUUUUGCAACAUUAUGCAGUUCUUGAUUGGUUCCAUCAAGAAGGACAAGCAAAUGGAAGCUCUUGUUGAAAAGCUUUGCAAUAGGUUUAGUGGAGUUACAGAUAUCAGACAAUGGGAAUAUAUUUCUUAUUGCCUAUCUCAGCUGGCAUUCACUGAAAAGGGAAUGAAAAAACUCAUAGAGUCAUUCAAGACAUAUGAACACGUCCUAUCGGAGGAUUCUGUGAUGGACCAUUUUAGAAACAUAAUAAACAAGGGCAAGAAGUUUGCAAAACCAGAAGUUAAAAUGUGCAUUGAGGAGUUUGAGGAUAAGCUGAACAAGUUACACUUGGAAAAGAAGGAACAAGAAGUGACAGCAAGAAAUGCCCAAAUUCAUCAACAAAAGAUAAGCAGCAUGGAAGGUUUUGUGGUUACUAGCAGCGCUGGUGAUGCUAGUUCAGAAUCUGAUAUUUCUGAAGAAACAGAUGGGGAAGUCGUUGAUCCUUCUAUUGAAGGGAUGACCAAGUCUGUAGAUGAAAUGUCAAAAUCUAGACUUGUUAAGUCAAAAGAAUAUUCCGGUACUUCUAGUGAGUUGACAGAAUCAGAACCAGGGGAUAUUGAAGUUCAAUCGCCAAAUGUUAACAUAAGAGGGGCCUCAAAAUCCAAAGCCAAGAAAAGCAACGCGAAAGAUAAAAGAGGUCAUACUUCUGCAUCCACGAGAAGUAAUAUCAGGACAAAGCAAAGGUAGAGUUGUACAGAGUGGGUUUGGAUGAAUCAUUCUUCUGAGCAGAAGCAAGAAUCUCUUUUGCAGUUGAGUUGCUUGAAGUGUCUGUAAUGUUUAGGGUAAUAUUUUGGCUGCAUUAGCACAAACACAAAAGAAAGAAACAAGAUAACCAAAUUUGUGUAAGGUAACAGCUAUCUGGAGAGAUGAUCUUUUGUACAACCAAGCUAGCUCUGCUUGAUUCUUGUAUAGGCGAGUGAAGGCUUAUAUAAUCCACUACUACUAGUCUUAUUUGAGAUCUCAGUCUACAACAAAAUAACAUGAUUCAUAAGUACCCGCAUUGGGAUUUUGCUACUAGGCAGCAUGAACAUUUGUUGCUGAUAUGAUACCAAAAAUCCUGUCAACAAAAGGAUCAGAACUGGAUGAUAUUUUCAAAUGCGGCAUUUGAGAAACUUAAAACAAAAUGAUGGAAUUGUUAAA